AUGUAUAUCGUUACGCGAUACCUCCCCUUUAUCAUUCUCGCCAUUGAUCUAUAUAUGAGCUUUGCCCCAAAUGAGAAUCCAGCUAAAUGCCGGGUGUUGCAAAAUAUUAAUCCAGGUCUCGACCUAGUCUUGGUUAUUUUCUCCGAAUGCUUUUUUAUUCUCAGAACAUAUGCGCUUUGGAACAGAAAUAGAUUCUUGCUCGUAGCCAUGUUGUUGACCUUGUUUCUAGUGGUAGAUGUAUCAGCCAGGCUGUUCUCGGAGCUUCCACUGGCAUUACUUUCUCCACUACCAUCUCUGCAGCACCCCAAUCCCGGGAAUUACAGGGUGCUACCGGAGUUCGACCAAUUACUGGCUCUUUAUACCAUUUCUUCUCCUUUCUGUAUUCGAACUGGAGCUGGCGGACAAAUUCAAAUGGUCUGUACUGCUGUCCUGGUGAAUCAUAACAUAUCCUAUUAUGCAUGCGGUCUUCUAUUCUCGGCAGCGAACAUCUUCACAUCGCUGCUCCUCGAGUACUCUUACCACAGCGUGUUCUAUGAUUUUGAGUUCAUGAUCCUUGCAAUCCUCGCCACGCGCAUGCACCUUUAUCUCUGGAAGACGAACCGACAUCCCACACGACUCUACUAG